CCUUGGCAACGGAGAGAAGCUGCUCUCAAAGGGAAAAGGAGGAGCUGGGCCUUUGAGGCGGAUCAGUGGCUUUGGCUCCUUUGAGAGGGAUGGAGUCUUUGCCUGUAGAAAUUAUCACAUACAUUUUAGGCUUCCUGCCAAUCCCCGACAGGAAAGAGGCCUCUCUGGUAAACCAAACCUGGUACUUGGCAGCCCAGGAUUCCCUUCGCCAGGAGAACCUCUUCUACAACAUUCCUGCUAGCUCCACCUCACUCAGGACCAUCAAGACUUUGGGCCAAAGGCAUGUGUGCAAUGUCAAGAUGGCAAACCUGGAUGGCUCUACCACUUCUCGGGAUGUCAUCAAGUACGUUGCUCGCUACCUGGGGCCACAUCUGCACAGCUUGUGCCUCCAAGGGAGCAGCCUGACAGAAACUAGCUUUGAGGAGCUCCUCUUGGCCUGUCCGUGCCUCAGAGCCUUGGAUCUAACUGGAUGCAACAGUCUCUUUAUGUCAGGGGCCUUGCUUGCCAAAGAAGAGACUUGCCUGCAAGUCCGUAAGACUCUGAGCAACUUGCAGGAGCUGAACUUGUCUGGUGUGCGAUACCUGUCUGACCUUACCUUCAAUCGCUUGACCAGUUGCUUUCCAUGCCUGACCAAGCUCAUCCUUGCUCGCUGCCACAUUGGUUUUUAUGUUCACUCUGACUCCAUCAACUACACCUCCUCGGUUCUGCUGUCCUUCGGCAAUCUCUUGCUGUUCCUUUGGGAGCAAUCCAUGAGCAUGGAAGUUUUGGAUUUGAGUGAAACAACAUUCUCAAGCCAGGCAAUGAUGUCCCUGCUCCAAGUGGACCAUCUGUGCCUGGAAGAAAUGGUGCUGCAGAAUUGCCAGAAUCUGACCGAUGAGACAGUAAGCAUCUUAUGUGAGCACCAGUCUUACUUAAUCACCUUGGACUUGAGUGGUUGCUUUGAGCUGUCUGACCAGGCUGUCUUGACCAUCUGCUCCAGGCUCCCAUACCUCCAAUGCCUGCGUCUGGGGAAGCUCCCACGCAUAACUGAAGCUGGCUUUCAAAAGAUUUCGCAAUUGAAGCAUCUCCAACACUUGGAUGUCUCUGAAUGCAGUCUUGUUAGCUGUAGUGAACUGGUGAAAGCUUUUAAUGCUGUCAAGGGACAGCCCAAACUGGUCUCCUUGAAUGCUGCCUGUUGCUCUUUACUACAGGAAAGUUCAAUCCUCUCACUAGCUGAAGCCCUGAGUAAGAGCCUUCAUGUUCUGGAUCUCUUGUCCUGUGAGUCUCUUGGCGACAGAAGCAUCCAGGCUAUUGCUUCUCACCUCUUGCUCCUGACAGUCCUGCGUUUGGCCCAUUGCAAAGAACUGACUGACUGGGGCCUAUUGGGAAUUGAGAAACCCAAAGAGGAGCACGAAUGUGCUAUAGAGGCUUUGCCAGGCUUUGGCAAUAUGGGCUUCUUCCAGCCACCUCCACAAGAUCUGGACUCGCAAGAUGGUCAGAUUCUCAUUGACCUUGCCAAGGAAGCUGUCCAAGAAAACCGCCAAGCCUCUUUGCGUGCCCUGACCCGUCUGCAAGAGCUUGACCUGACGGGUUGUGAGAAGCUGACGGAUAUGAGCAUAGCCAAGGUGAUCUGCUUCCCUGAGCUCCGACACCUGUCCCUCAGCCUCAUUCCCAACAUCACAGACAACAGUCUUCGAGCCAUUGCUCGCAACUGCCGAAGCUUGGAAAACCUGUCCCUGACUUACUGUGUGAACCUGACUGAUAAGGGCUUUGCGGAGGUAGCUGCCUGUCUGCACAGACUUCAACAUCUUGAUGUUUCUGGCUGUAAUCAAUUAACACCCCGGACUCUGAAGGUUGUUGGUCAAGAGUGCCAGCAACUAAAAUAUUUGGAUGUCUCUUUGUGCAGCAAGAUUACCAUGAAGGAUGUGGAACAUUUCCAACCACACCUGCCACCACAGAGUCAGGCUAGCAUUCAGUCUCAUUUUGUGCGUGGAACAAAGCUUUCCUUUACUCUCUGGCACAGUGUAAACCCAGAGUUACGGAUAAUCAAUGUGGUAAUCCCCACUCCCCCUGAAAGCACCUAUUGCGAAUGACAAAGUAUCCUUGGGAAACAGCUUCUGUCUUGGUUGUUCUUUGGUCAGUUGGUGGUUCUAUAAAUCAACCAGUCCUUUUCUGUCUUCUUUUUACUGAUCUGUACUGCCAUUGCACUAAUAA